AUGGUGGCCAACCACAGAUCAACGAAACCGAGGACAACCUUCAAACCCGUAGAGACCUCGGUGUUCAUCGUGUCCGGCUUCCACAUCUUCCUGGGACUGUUGAGUGUCUGUGUGGGAGUCAUCAGCAGCAUCCGGGCCGAUGUCUGGCUGGCUCACAGUGUUUCGCCUAUCUGGAGUGGCGGAUUUAUUAUGUGUUUCACCGCCUUCUCGCUGGUGUCUAUGGUGGUGGCGGUGGUCAGCAUACAGCUGUUGAGGGUUGGACUGGUCAACCAUACAACUGACGGACACACCUUCCAGAAGGAGAAGAAGGAUAUGCUGAUCUACGUGUCGCUGGCGGCGGCGGGAACUGAGAUCAUCGUGUGCAUGACCGCUAUCGUCUUGAGCUGCAGGAUCGCCAGGGUGGCCAAAGAGGAGAUGAGUAAACAGAGGGACGGGAUGUUCUAUGUCAAGGUUCUAGGACAGAAGGACAUUGUGGUAGUCACCAAGCCUGUUGAGGACAAUGAUGAGCUGACCGCCGUGUGA